AUGGUUUUUCCUGUGGUUUCCCAUGUCACUCCUAUGCUCUAUAGGAAGAGUUUUGGAGGAGAAGCCAAAGACCCAGGAGUGAGGACGAGGAGGACAAGGGCUAUUUGGGCGAAGGAGUUUCCCGUCGUUUUUUCGAGAUUGUGGGAAAAGAACGAGGAUAGACGCCAUCACCGAAUCGGCUAUGCGGUGGUUUUGAUUGCAUUUUAUGUUGAUUUUUAUUAUAACGUGAUAAUUGCAUGGGCUCUGCGCUACUUCUUCGCAUCAUUCACGAACAUGCUUCCAUGGACGACAUGCGGGAAUAUGUGGAAUACGCCUCUCUGCCGAGAAUUCAAUAUUAAUCUGACGCAGCAAGACUCAAUUACUAAUCUCACAAUGAAUCCCACGAGAAAUUUGACAAAUUUUGAAACAUUGUCACCUAUAUUCAGCAACAUGGACGAAGAUAUGGACGGAAAUAAUAGUUCUAGAUACACGAGUGCUGCACUGGAGUAUUUCAACCGAGCAAUUUUGGAACUUCACGAAAGUGCAGGCCUCCAUGAUCUUGGAAUCGUCAAGUGGGAUAUUUCCCUCUGUUUGUUAAUUGUAUACCUAAUCUGCUAUUUCUCGCUCUGGAAAGGAAUUUCAACAUCGGGAAAGGUACUAUAA